AUGGCUCAGUUGCAGCUGGCUGUGUGUUCCCAUGUGGAUCCAAUGAUCUCCAAUCCCAAUCUUCCUGCGACAAGCCAGGAGAAAUGUCAUGCAGAGGCCCUUAGAGAACAGCCAAGGUUAGAACACCUGAGGGCUAAUAUCCAGCAACAACUCCUGUCUAACAAAGAUAAGAAGCUAAAAGAUGUUUAUAUCCAAAAAGGCCGGAGUGCUUCCUGUUCUGAGCCUGCAGAAAGUAGCCAGCUGAUUUCGGAGAAUGCCGGCUUCUGGUCAGCUGGUCCUCACAACUGGUACCUCAAGAAACAAGCUAGCACUCUAUCCUCCCACUGGAGACCCAAGCGGAGAGGUGUAGACAGGGCAUACCCACUAAAGCCAGUCUUUCAUCAAAAAGCUGAGAAUGGCUCCACACCUAGCUCUUGGCAAGUUGCAAACCCACCAGCUACAGAGACACCUUCUCCUAACAUUAGCUCAGAGAAAAAAGGAAGAUCAUAUGCAGUCAAGGCCCAGCAUGUUGGAGUGCCUUUUCCUGUUUCAAUCGAGCAAUCAAAGAGAGAAGGUUCUCAUCCAAGAAGGGCAGAGUCAGGGUACAUUCAAAAACUGGAGGCUGCUGGUAGGAAUUUGGAGCAGGAGAUCCAGAGGAAAGAGGCUCUACUCAGGGAGAAGCUGAGGAGGACAGAAGAGGAGCUCCGGAGGAUCCAGUGGGAGAGGCAGCAGGCAGAGGUGAAAGCAAGAAAGGAGCGAGGACUAUGGAUGCCUGAGAGGAAAGCAGCAGACAUCUCUUGGAGGCACCUUUCCAGAUCUAGAGCCCAGCCAAGUGAUGGUCACAGGAAAACUGCUCCGAAUAUCCCUGUAGCUUCCACAGAGAUGACCCCAGUUCCCUUAGAGCUCCAUAUGGAAACGCUCAAAAAACAACGGUUGAUGGCUAGCAACAGUAAAAUUCGAGAAAAUGUUGCCCAGGAAAAUGCAGCUCUUUGUCCAGAGGUGGCUUCCAGGCAUGACCAGCCUCCAACAGCACUCCUUUUAGGACAGCCUGACUGUAUGGCAGGAGCACCACCACUACCAUACAUGGAGGCACCAAGUAGUGUAGAAGACUGGGGUGAAUGCAGUUUUUGUGGACGGAAGCUUUACUGUUCCAGGUUGGAGAAGCACAUAAGUAUCUGCAGCAAGAAUCAUGGCUCCAAGAGAAAAGUAUUUGAUUCAAGUAAAGCCAGAGCAAAGGGCACUGAAUUAGAGGCAUAUAAUCUCUUGAUGGGCUCGGAUCCUUCUCAGAAAAGAACUUCGACCAUAAGCAGUGAUGGCUCCAAGCAAAGCAGUAUGCAAUCUAAUCAAAGCAACUGGAGACAGAAGCAUGAAUCUUUCAUCAACACACUGCGUAGGGCUCGUGAGGUGCAACGAGUAAUCUCCAAAGGGGGGAAGGCCUCAGACCUUCUUCCAGCACCCCCCAUGGAGAAUCCAGACUACAAAUUGUGCCCGUACUGCACACGUCAGUUUGCCCCUAAGGUAGCCGGGAGACACAUUCCCAAGUGCAAAAACAUUAAGAAUAGACCACCACCACCACCACAGCAAAAGAGACGUUGCUAG